ACAAGAACAAAGUGUAUGUGGAACGCUCGUGUAAUUUAUUGAUCGAUCCCUGAAAUCCUGAAUUUCUGAAAAUAAUUAUGUCUAUUCCAUACAGUGGUACGAUCAGAAGAUCAGGAGGCGUCGUUUCUGCUAUUGGGAAGCAAUUAAAGAACAUAAAUCUUAAGGCUGCAAAAAGAAUUACCGUAAAAUUUGAUCCUUUUAGCGACAACGUUACCCACACAAGAAAUUUCCUCCACUAUAUCAGUGCACCGAGAAUAGCACUCACAAACCCUAAUUGCGCCCUUAAAACUGAAGUUGUUUGUGAUCGCAGUGAGCCUACUGUUGACAUAACUAUAGUCCCAUCAAUUGCAGAAACUGCUGAUGUCAAAAAAGUUACUUUUAAAAGUGGAAAUCUAACUUGUUUGGAGCUCCUUCAGUUGUUGAACAAACACGUGUCUUCCCUAGCACCAGUUGAGCAGCCAACAUCUACUAUUCAGACUAAAUCAGAAAAGAAGAAGAGUAAGAAGAAGUAA